UUUAUUAAGAUUAUUAAUCUAGGUCUAUAAUGAGUCUUCUUUUGUUUUAUCUGGCAGAGCCAAAACAAUGUAAUCAAUCAAUCAUUUCGGUUUUACAUGAGAAGAAGAUUCAGUAUUAUCUUACGUUUACUUUUCUUUUAAUUAGUUGCCGAUCUUGGUUUCGUACACCGGUCUGUAAAUUUACAUUUAAAUGAACCGGUUGGAAAACCGUGAGAUAAUAAAUUAGGAUGGUCGUAUAUUUUAUAUACAAUGGCAUGCUUUAUAAUAUCUCUAGUAAAUGAUGGAUUUUUAAGUAGGGGGUGUGAAAAUGUCCGUGGAGCUGACACCUAAGCAUUGGUAACAAUGUUACAACUUAAAAAUGUUCCUCAAAUAAUAUAUAGGGGAUUCAACGCUCAACAUUCAACACUCAACAGUGACUCAAUUAAUUACAAGAGGUUAAAAUCAGAAGACCUAGGGGGGUUUUCAACUAUAUUUACUUACGCAAAUACAUGUAGUAACAUGUCCAUAAAUAUACACAACCUACACUCCAAGUUCCAGAUCAAACCAUAAGUUAUUCAUUUCUUUGCUUGGCUAAAACGUUGUCUCUUGGAACACAUUGUUGUACGCAGAAAUAGGCAAAAAAAAAAAAGGAAAUGGAAGAAGACAAUAUGGAAUGCUGGAGCAGCCCCUUCAUCAAUGACCAAUCUUCUUCCAACUUCAUCUAUCCUUUCCAUAGCUUUAACAAUGUUUCAGGUACAAGGGUGGUGACACAAGGAGGUCCGCUUCAUGAACAUUAUUACGCCCCUCCAGCAAUGGUGGAGAGCAGUUUUGGAGAAGCAAGCAACACCAACAAUGGAUAUGAAACGAAGAAGAAGAAGAUGACUAACGAGCAGCUGAAGUUACUAGAGAUAAGUUUCCAAGAGGAGAUGAAGCUGGACCCGGAGAGGAAGAUGAAGCUGUCCAAAGAACUCGGGCUGCAACCUAGACAGAUUGCGGUUUGGUUCCAGAACAGGAAAGCCAGGUGGAAGAACAAACAACUCGAGCAUCUCUAUGAAUCAUUAAGGCAAGAGUUUGAUAUUAUCUGUCAAGAAAAGAAGUUGCUACAAGAAGAGCUUAUACAACUGAAGGCGAUGAUAAGAGAGAAUGGUGCAAGCAACAACAAGCAGCAAACGUGGGAAAAUGCUUGCAGCGAGGCAAUGCAAGCUCAGUUCCAACUCAACUAGACUUCAACAGAAUCCAUAAUUGUUGCUUUGACACAAUGUCAGGUCCUGUUUUAAUUAAAGUUGCUUUCAAGAAAAUAGUGUUUUAUGUUCACACGCAAGACAUUCUAUUGAAGAACAUAUUAAAGCCAUCGACUGAUCUGCGAUGUCUUCCAAAUAGU